CAUGGCCCUGGUGCUGCUGAUAGCUGUGCCCCUUCUACUACUGCAGGCUGCACCCCCAAGUUCAGCGCACUACGAGAUGAUGGGAACUUGCCGCAUGAUAUGUGACCCCUACAGCGGGGGACCCGGGGGAGGGCCCGGGAGUCCAGGCGGCAAAUCGGCCCCCGGGCCCAGCACAGCUGCCCUGGAAGUCAUGCAGGACCUCAGCGCCAAUCCUCCUCCCCCGUUCAUCCAGGGACCCAAAGGAGAGCCUGGCCGGCCGGGGAAACCGGGCCCCAGAGGUCCCCAGGGAGAGCCAGGACCCCCUGGACCGAGAGGGCCCCCGGGAGAGAAAGGAGACUCAGGAAAACCCGGGAUGCCCGGGUUGCAGCUGGCGGCGGGCGGGGCAGGCGGGGGCAGCGUCGGGGCCAUUGGUAGUGGAGGAGUAGGAGGCGGCGGGGACGUCGGCGAGGUGACCGGGGCACUGAGUGCAGCGUUUAGUGGCCCCAAGAUAGCUUUCUACGUGGGCUUGAAGAGCCCCCACGAGGGUUAUGAAGUACUCAAGUUCGACGACGUGGUCACCAACCUGGGCAACCAUUACGACCCAACUACGGGCAAGUUCAGCUGCCAAGUGCGAGGGAUCUACUUCUUCACCUACCACAUCCUCAUGAGAGGCGGGGAUGGUACCAGCAUGUGGGCAGACCUCUGCAAGAACGGGCAGCCCCCACCGGCUCCGUCUCCCCAGGUCCGUGCCAGCGCCAUCGCCCAAGACGCGGACCAGAACUACGACUACGCUAGCAACAGCGUGGUGCUGCACCUGGACUCCGGGGACGAGGUCUACGUGAAGCUGGACGGGGGAAAAGCACACGGCGGUAACAACAAUAAGUACAGCACUUUCUCUGGCUUUCUUUUAUACCCCGAUUAGGGAGUGGGAGAGGGGACCGGCGCAUUCCACCCCCUUCUCCCUCUUCGACCGGAGCUCGGGGUGCAACUCUUUUCUGAAGGACCCUUCACUGCAACUCGUCACUUUUCGGUUGGGACAGAAACCAAACCACAUUCCUCCUCCACCUAGUCAGUCCCCACUCCCCUAACCUACCAUUAGUGUAUCUGUAAUCUCACUCGCUCGCUCCGCUGGGGCCCCAGACAGAGUUCUGGCUCAGGAUUCGCUCUUCG